CUAAAGUAACCUCGUGGAGGUGCUUAUUUAGCGUUACGUUAGCAGGGUGACGUAGUUGUCUCGAUUAGGACAGGCACAUGCAUGUUUGUCUCAGCGGAACAUAGAAGUUCUUGGGAACGUUGUGAUUAUCGUAGUGCAUAGUUCAGCAAGUGCCUGCUUUCGUUUCGCUUCGCGGAGGAGAACGAUUCGAGGUGACAAAGGCACCGGCAGCAUCAUACAUUUUGUUGUCGCAAGCAGCAGCAUUUCGCACGAAGACGUCGAAGUAUGUCCGCUUUAUCAGCGUUUUCGCAGCAGCAUAAGCAGAAGCAAUGGGGCGUGUUCGGCGGAACGCAAGACUUUGUAGAUCUGGAGUCUGGCACCUCGCAAUCCUCGAGUUCGCAACCACAAAAUGCUGCACAGAAGGCGCAGCAGGCCGCACAACAAGCGGGAAGGUUUUUUGGCAGUGUAGCCGGGUCGUUCAAGGAAAAAAUAUCAACCACGGCACAGUCCGCCCGGGAGUAUGCGCCAGUGGAUCGCGUUGCGGGUACCUACUUCCUUACUCAGUUAACAGAGCUAGUGCUGCAUCAUACUCCCGCUGUCUCGAACGCAGGACGGCGGGGCUGCAGCCUCUUCUAGUUCGAUUGUGAUUCGUAUUCGUCCCCUCAUUCUGCGCUUGCGAUGUUGUGAAUAAGAACUGCUUCUACAGCCUUCUGUGAUGGAGGAAUACUGCGGUGCAUCGCACCACAGAGAUUGAUAGCGUAAUUGUUAACGCACGACGACGGCUACACUUCAUCAGAGUGAACUUCGCCAACUACAAAUCUUCAGGUGCGCUCGAAUCCACUGGCUCCAGCAUAAGGACUUCCGUCGAAUCUGUUGCUCCACCCAGCGCUGAGCGCAUGCAGUGGUUUGCGAUAUUGCUGGUGGUCGGAAUGAUAAUGGUAUCAAAUGUAAAAAUGUCUGGGUCUGGAAGAUUGCCAGGUUUGUCAUGCACAUUUUGCAUGACUCCUGAUGUCUGUGAUGCAUGCCCUAGCAUCACAGAUUUUGUGAGGGCUUCCUGAUGCCUAUAUCGCAUGACAAAUGCUCUUUCCGUGUAGCAAAACUUGGACUCUCUUUGCUGCUCAUGCAAUGCAGAUUUUUUUAGAAUCCAAAAAGAGCAUGACAAACCUGGCAAUCUUCCAGACCCAGACAUUUUUACAUUUGAUAAAUGGUCGGCAUGUCCAUGAUGUUUCUGCCUGUGGUGGUCCUAGCGCCGCAAAAAUUUGCGCUUCUCUUCUCCAUGGGCUCGCUCAGCAUCGUCAGUGCGAACGUCUCGCUGCGGGGAAUGGUAAGUACUACUUCGUCUUGGGCCGGUUCACGUGAUGCACUCGUUUGAAUUAUGCUAGCGCUAAGGCUUAGCUCUCGCGAGUAGUUCUUGUUUCACGCUAUGCGUAUUUACUGUUAGUAGUUUGAAGAACGAAUACUGGCUGGUGUGAAGGUAGAACGAAUGCAGCGCCACCUAAUUCAAAUUAAAAUUAUCAAAACAGAGCGCCUUUCUGUCCUUCGCGUUUGCGUCGGAGCGCGCCGCUUUCGCGGUUGGUUACUGCCUGAGCUUCCUCGGCGUACUGUAUGCUUCGCUGGUCCUGAAGUCGUACUUUCUCACACUGUUCUGUGUGGUCGGCGAGCUCGUCUCCUUAGCCUACAUUCUGCUGUCCUACGUACCCGGCGGCACGCGGUUUCUGAACCUCAUUUUUUCCAUGGUCUAUUCAGGCAUAAAAAUGCUCUGCGGGAGCUGUCUGCGUUCCUCUGGCUCGACGUGAAGCACUGGCACAAGUGGCCGCACCACGGCUUUGCCCACUUAUGCAAAGAGUCAUGCACGACCAGAAGAAAAGAAAAACACGACAAUGCCGGUGGAAGCCCUCAGGCUCAAUCCCUUUCCCUCCCUCGUGUCGUCUACACUGCUGGAGACGGCGACAGGUGUUUUUGACGUGAUUUAAUUAUGUUGUUGCGCUAUCUCUAUCUCGUGAGUGAGUGAGUCGCUUGAUCAUAUUAAUAUCCAGACUUGAGAACGAGAAGUAUG